AGCAGUUGGUAACCCUACAUUUUGUUAUUAUUGUAAUUUUGAAAAAAAUCAUUUUUCUCAAUCUAGUUUAAAAAAAAAACGUGAUAACGUGUUAUUUUUGAAUAGGAAAAUUGAUAACAAUUAUCGGUUCGCAACGUUUAAAUUAUGUCGCCUCGCGCCUUUUCCCAGUCAGUCCAUUUCUAUUGAUUCCUACGUGUAUUAUACUGUGGGACUAUUACUGUGUUUCUUUUUACGGUAAUGGACUUUUUUAUACUAACUCUGACUUAUUACUAGAUUUCUGACAGAAAUAGUGCAUUUUAAAGGAAAUUAAUUAAGAGCGACAAAUAUCUAUCCUAAGACGAUUAAUAAGUAUCCAAAUUUAACCUAUUACUCCCCUAGAAAACACCCUUCAUUACCUGAAAACUAAUUAAUUUACCUGUAUAAAUUAGUAUUAUCAGAACAAGUGUUGAACAAACUGUCAAUUAUAUACAAAAGGGCCGUCAGACAACAUGCCAGGAAGUACAGAACAUAAAAAGAAUAAUGAACAAAAUGGCAUCGAGAACGGAUUGGCAGAAACCAAAAAACAAGUUCGGGUAUGGUGUGAUGGAUGCUAUGAUAUGGUGCAUUUUGGCCAUGCAAAUUCUUUGAGGCAAGCUAAAGCUUUGGGGGACUAUUUGGUCGUCGGAGUUCAUACGGAUGAAGAGAUCACCAAACAUAAAGGACCCCCAGUUUUUACAGAACAAGAAAGGUAUAAGAUGGUAAGAGGAAUCAAAUGGGUAGAUGAGGUGGUAGAAGGAGCCCCUUACGUGACAACCUUGGAGACAUUGGACAAGUACAACUGUGAUUUUUGUGUGCAUGGGGAUGAUAUUACUAUGACUGCUGAAGGGGUGGAUACUUAUCAUCUUGUAAAAAGUGCUGGGAGAUACAGGGAAGUUCAACGUACAGCAGGAGUCUCAACGACCGACCUAGUAGGCAGAAUGCUCCUUCUGACACGAAACCAUUUCAAACAAGGUCAGUAUGAGUAUCAGGUGGCAAAAGAGCAUUCUGCAACUAUGGGUCAAGACUCUUCCGCUAGGUCGCCCUGGACUGGCUGUAGUCAGUUUUUGCCCACCACCCAGAAAAUUAUUCAGUUCUCCGAUGGUAAAGCGCCCAAAAUGGGAGACAAAAUUAUUUAUGUUGCGGGGGCGUUUGACCUGUUCCAUGUUGGACAUUUGGAUUUUUUGGAGAAGGCUAGAAAACAGGGCGACUAUUUAAUAGCAGGUUUACACACCGACCCGGUAGUGAACAGGUAUAAAAAAUCCAAUUUUCCUAUAAUGAACCUACACGAGCGAGUAUUGAGCGUUUUAGCUUGCAAAUAUGUUUCGGAGGUUGUUAUCGGUGCUCCUUAUAAGGUAACCGAGGAUCUCCUGACCCAUUUCAAUGUGGAUUUAGUGAUUCAUGGAAAAACGGAUGUAAUGGAAGAUGAAGACGGAACAGAUCCGUAUGAAAUUCCCAAAAAGCAAGGAAAGUUUAUGACAAUCGACUCAGGAAAUGAUAUGACCACAGAAAAAAUCGUAGAAAGGAUAAUACUAAACCGAAUCGAUUUUCAAGAGAGGAACCGACAUAAGGAACAAAAAGAAGUGGAAUUGAUUAACGCCCUUAAACUGAAGGGUCUGGCGGUUUAAACCGUUUUUUACUUCGUUUAUAGAUUUUAUUUUUAAAGCAACUUUUUAAGGAAGGCAAGUACGUUUUACUAUUGGCAACAAAAAGAGCGUUUUAUAUUAUUAAAUUAGCAUUGCAUUUAAUAGUUGUGAUUGCCAAAUUAAGUACAAAGUUUUUAAUUUAAAUCGUUCUUUCUGUAUAUAUUGGUUUAUAUGUUUCUAGUGAUAACCCAAAGAGUACCAGUGUACCUACUUUAGCCAUUUUGUUUGUGAUAGUUUUGUUAUUAGCGAAAAAAAAUAUUAUCAUGUACUAUUUAUACCAGCUCAUAUUCAAAUAUGUGCCUAAAUAAUAGGUUUAUUUUACGUUUUUUUUUAAUUGUAUAAGUGUUUUAAUUAAAUAAUACUCAACUUUUAAUACAAUCUCUUUGAUCUGUUUCUAAAUGUUUUUAGAUUUUUUAAAGUAUAGAAGCCACGUAGCUGCGCCAGCCAAAUAUUGAGUGUUAUGAAGUGUGGUAAUCUCUUUUGAUGCUAAACGCGUUUUAUGACCAGCAAUUGUAUACUUUCACAGGGAGAUUACCACGUUUUAAACUUUUUAUUUUAAUUAUUUACUUAUGUAUUGUGGGCAUUGUAACUUUAUUUACAUACUGUUUUAUAUUUGCAUUCGAAUAAUGUAACUUAUUAUUGUUAAAUAUACUUAUUGUUUUUCGCAAAACAA